GACGACGGAGGCCGAGAGGUGGUGGAUCCGUGACGGAAGUGGGUGCGUGUGAAGCGGCGCGCUGCGAGCGCCGGCUACGUUGCGGAAAGGGAAGCCGGCCCGGCGGCUGCUGGGCUCGGCGGGUGGAACGAGGUGGUGGGCUGGUUCGGACGCGAGUCGAGGCUGCAGCAGGGCUCCAGGAAGAUGUUACCGAGUACUUCAUUGAAUUCCUCAGUGCAGGGGAAUGGAGUCCUGAGUUCCAGGGAUGCAGCAAGACACACAGCCGGAGCAAAACGCUACAAAUAUCUGAGAAGACUUUUCCGCUUUCGGCAGAUGGACUUUGAAUUUGCUGCCUGGCAGAUGCUCUACCUGUUCACGUCCCCGCAGAGAGUUUACAGAAACUUUCAUUACCGAAAACAGACGAAGGACCAGUGGGCCAGAGAUGACCCUGCUUUCUUGGUACUGUUAAGUAUCUGGCUCUGUGUGUCCACUAUAGGAUUUGGCUUUGUGCUGGACAUGGGAUUCUUUGAGACAAUAAAGCUUCUCCUUUGGGUUGUAUUCAUAGAUUGUGUAGGUGUUGGUCUUCUGAUAGCAACUUUAAUGUGGUUCAUCUCUAACAAGUAUUUAGUGAAACGACAGAGCAGAGACUAUGAUGUGGAAUGGGGCUAUGCUUUUGAUGUGCAUCUCAAUGCUUUUUAUCCACUCCUGGUCAUUCUGCAUUUUAUCCAGCUUUUUUUCAUCAACCAUGUUAUCCUGACAGACACAUUUAUUGGAUAUUUAGUUGGAAAUACCUUAUGGUUGGUUGCGGUUGGCUAUUAUAUCUAUGUCACUUUCCUGGGAUACAGUGCGUUGCCAUUUUUGAAAAAUACAGUAAUUCUUCUGUAUCCAUUUGCACCUCUGAUUCUACUCUACGGGCUGUCACUGGCACUGGGAUGGAACUUCACCCAUACUCUGUGUUCUUUCUAUAAGUACAGAGUGAAAUAAAAAAAAAAAAAAGAAUAUUCAGUCGUAACUGUGUCAGCAGUAUUUGUGAAGUGAUAAUUUCUUGUAAAACUUGUAAAUAAACUAUCUUUGUAGAUAUCUUAAAGAUGUAAAGUUUGCAAAUUUGAAGAAAUAUAUGUUAACACUGUGGUCAGGUACAUUCCUUAAAACUAAUUAAAUGUACAUUUCUAUAAUAAAUAUUUUUUAAACUAAA